ACCAAGUUCAUGGGAUGAAGACUUCCUCCUGUUGUGGGAGUCUAAAAGGGCUUCGUUUCUUUCCACUUGAGCUGGCAGCUUCCCUCUGUAACAACGCGGCACUUAGAAGCAGGGACAUUCCAUCCAUCUGAGGAUCAUGGAAAGGAAUGGCUCCCCAGAGAGUCCACAACAAGGCCAAGGGUGGUAUGCUACCCCCAAAUGUGGGUGGUUGAGAAAACAAGGAAGAUUUACCAAGACUUGGCAUGCAUGCUGGUUUGUGCUCAAGGGAGACCAACUCUUCUACUUCAAAGAUAAAGAUGAAACGAGACCAUUGGGUACUAUUAUGCUGCCUGGGAACAAAGUCAUAGAGCAUCCCUACAAUGAAGAGAGACCAGGAGAGUUCCUUUUUGAAGUAGUUCCAGUAAGAGAUCCACAUCAAAUGACAUCGAACCAUGAAACCCACCUCCUCAUGGCUAAUACACAGAAUGACAUGGAAGAAUGGCUGAAGUCUAUUCGCAGAGUCAUAUGGGCACCUUUUGGGGGAGGUAUUUUUGGACAGAAACUGGAAGAAACAGUCUGCUUUGAGAAGAGAUAUGGGAACUUCCUGGCCCCCAUGUUAGUAGAACAAUGUGUGGAUUUUAUCCGACAGUGGGGGCUAAAGGAAGAAGGUCUGUUUCAACUUUCAGGCCAGGCUAAGCUUGUGAAAGAGUUACAGGAUGCCUUUGACUAUGGAGAGAAGCCUUCUUUUGACAGUAACACAGAUGUGCACACAGUGGCUUCUCUUCUUCAAUUAUAUCUCCGAGAACUUCCAGAACCAAUCAUCCCCUAUGCAAAGUAUGAAGAUUUUCUGUGCUGUGCAAAUUUACUCAGUAAAGAAGAAGAAAUGGGUGUUAAGGAACUAGUGAAGCAGGUGAAAAAUCUGCCAGUGGUUAAUUACAAUUUCCUCAAGUACCUAUGCAGCUUCCUGGCUGAAGUCCAGUCCAACUCGAGCGCUAACAAGACGAGUGUACAGAACUUGGCCGCUGUCUUUGGUGCCAUUAUUUUGCGUCCCAAAGUACAAGACCCUAGGACCCUUAUGGAGGGAACUUCUGUGGUCCAACAGUUGAUGUCAGUGAUGAUUGGCAGACACAAGCAGCUCUUCCCCAAAGAUGCAGAGCUUCAGACCAAGCACCCAGAGGUCAUGUGCAACAAUAACAAUAAAAUUCAGAAGAAAUCGAUGACUGACCAGCUGCAGAAUAAAGAGAACAACACCAAGGACCCAGGAAGCAUAAGGUACUCUUGGGAUAAGCUUGAGUCUCCCCAGAGAAUUAGCAUGGAUAAUGGGUCUCUCGUAACUCUGCCAGGCUCCCAGGCCAACAGCCCACAAAACAGUGUACACAGAUUUGAUGUUUCCAGAAGUCCUGCUCUCACAGUUAAAAAAAAUCCUGCCUUUAAUAAAGGCAGCGGCAUAGUCACCAACGGGUCCUUUAGCAGCAGCAAUGCAGAUAGCAAUGAGAAAACUCAAUACUCCUCUACUGGAAACUUACAGGCCAGGAGAACAUCUUCCCUAAAAGGGGCAGGUACCAAAAUGGGGACGUGCAGUGUGCAGAACGGAGGGGUCCGCAUGGGCAUUUUGAGCACAGACACUCUUGGAAACACGAUGAAUAGCCGUGCCACAAACUGGAUGUCCAAUGGCUAUGUGACGCUGCGGGAUAACAAACAGAAAGACCCGGUAGGAGACUUGGACCAACCUAACAGGCUCUCCACGUAUGACAACGUUCAUCAGCAAUUCUCUCUGGUGAGCUCAGAGGACAAGCAGAGCUUGGACAGUGCUGCCUGGUCUACCUCCUUGGGUGAAAUAUCCCUUUCUGAAAAUUCUACCUCCUGUCACUCUUCUACCACCACAUGUCCGGACCAUGACUUCUGUGGUGCAAACUUUGAAGAUCCUGCGUUGGAAAAAUCCCCCCUCGAAGAGCCCGCAUACCCUGGAGAUUAUGAAAGCAAAUUGGAGAAGAGGAGGAUGGGGGACCAUAGCAUCCAAGCUAUCAGCAACAGGGACGAGGCUGAAACCUUUGUGGGGAUCAAGCCAAGCAACCACAGUGCCCUGCACGAUCUGGUUUCUAGCCUAAAACAGGAGAUAACUAAACAGAAAAUAGAAUAUGAAUCCAGGAUCAAGAGUUUGGAGCAACGAAACUUGACAUUGGAAAUGGAAAUGCUAACCCUUCAUGAGGAACUAGAUCAAGAGAGGAAAAAGUUCACAAUGGUGGAGAUCAAAAUGAGAAAUGCCGAGAGAGCAAAAGAAGAUGCAGAAAAAAGAAACGACAUAUUACAGAAAGAGAUGGAGCAGUUUUUUUCCACAUUUGGGGAACUGACAGUGGAAUCCCAUAGAACUGAGAGAGACAACACUAUAUGGAUCCAAUGAGCUUCCUCUAUUGCUGGGAAGGGCUCUUGGAAGGAAAUGCAAUGGGGAUAUAAUACUUUACUAUGUUCUGGUAACCUGACUGAUAAAAGCACUCAGCACUAUAAAUCCUGGAAAGAGAAAAGAUAUAGUAUGUUAAAUCAUCUAUCCUUUCAAAGUAAACUAAUCAAAGCUGGGCUAUACUCCUGAAGGCUCCAACAAGCCCCCGUCAAGUAUUAAAAUCUGAUAUAUGUAUAUAUUGUCAUUUUUUAAAGUCAUCUAGAAAUGAAAGUUGUAUUUAAACUGGCAAAUCAACUGCGUUUUCUAUCAAGUUUUACUCCAAAGCACUACUUUUGCCAUUAUGUUUCACUGAUUUAUUUUAUGGCUCAAAAGUUUUUGUUACCCAUCUUGUUGGGAAAUGCAGAUAACAAUAUAUAUUUGCGUGUGUUCAUAUACAAACAAUAUAAGUGAUUAAAAGCCAAGUUAUAACUUGUGGUUGUGCAGUUUGACCAUGAAUAAAAAAA